AUGGCCUUUGGCGCGGACCUCGUCAAGCGCAACGACGACUACAAGAUCGACCUUGCCCCCCACAUUGCCGACGAGUGCAAGCCCAAGUGCCACGUCAUCGUCGACCUCUACAACGACCUCACGACCAAGGGCUGCAAGCCCUUCGGCAAGGACGACGAGUGCAUCAAGACCGGCUGCGCGGCGGUCGAGGAGCUCUUCGAGUGCUCCGAGUGCCUCGUCAACGCCACGAGCUCGGACUACAAGGGCCUCGCGGCUAUUGCGAUCGUCAAGGGCAAGGAGUUCGGCGAGCGCUUCUGCAAGGAGAAGAACUUCCCUACCAACAAGUAA